AAUGUGCAAAACAUUGGUUUGUCUCUUUUAGUUGGACGCUUAGUGCUGGAGCUGUUUGCUGAUGUCUGCCCUAAAACGGCUGAGAACUUCCGUGCAUUAUGCACUGGAGAGAAAGGAAUUGGACCCACAACUGGAAAGCCACUCCACUUCAAAGGCUGUCCUUUCCAUAGGAUUAUAAAGAAGUUCAUGAUCCAGGGAGGAGACUUUUCCAAUCAGAAUGGAACUGGAGGAGAAAGCAUUUAUGGAGAGAAAUUUGAAGAUGAAAGUUUUCAUUAUAAGCAUGAUUGUGAGGGGCUGCUCAGCAUGGCUAAUGCAGGCCCAAACACCAAUGGUUCUCAGUUCUUCAUCACAACCGUCCCCACGCCUCAUUGGCACAUAAUCCGAAGUGAAGACCUGUACAUUAUUUUCCCCCUGUACACUAGCUCAGAUCAUGAGACUAAUUGUAGCAUUGUAAGUGCUGCCAUAGCUGAGAUAACCAGGGACUAA